GUUGUGGUAGCAUAACACCAAGGUCUACAUGGGGUAAAAUCGCAACCACGGGUUAUGCCAGUCUCGGUAUUCCCUUGACCUUGGUUUACUUGUCAAGUGCUGGAGGCCUUCUAUCCAGGUGUGCCAGAGGUGUUUUCACGCGUGCUCUUUGUUGCUGCCUUUGUUCAAAUUGUGGCUAUUGUUGCUACGACGAAAGACGAAUGGAGGAGAAGGAAAGAAGAAUGAGAAAGAAAAGGCAGCAAGAGGAACUGGCGCAGCAGCAGCAGCAAUUGCAGUUGCAGGAACCCUUUUACGUCCGUGCGAACGUGUCAACGUUUACGAGCACAGUGGAAAUUAAGACCAGCCCGAAGGACGAAGUGUCGAGUCUUAGUUCCGGUGACAGACCCAACGUUACUAUACUCGCACCAAUCAGCAUUUGUCUGGGUGCAAUGCUCUGCUACAUUGUGGCAGGAGCUUUUACUCUCCACAAGUUAGACGGCUGGUCCUUUGUGGAUGCGAGUUACUUCUGCUUCAUGAGCCUGAGCACGAUCGGGUUCGGAGAUAUGGUUCCCGGUUCCUAUCCCCGCCAAAGCCUUUAUGAGUCGAGGAAUGUAACCAUUUGGUUCUGCUCCUUCUACAUAAUGUCUGGAAUGGCGCUCACGGCGAUGUGCUUCAACAUCCUCCACGACGAGAUCGUUCACAGGCUUAGCCAUCAGUCGGAGAAGCAAGAGCCGGUGAAAACCAGCCCGAGUGUGGACGAACUGAACGGCACCGAUGAAAACGAUAUAUGUGGAACAGAACCACCAACCAGCUUGUUCACGCAUGAGAACGAAAUCAAUAUCCUAAAGGACUCUUUCAAUCAGGUAGACGUCACUAGAGACUGCAAGCCGAUUUUGAAACUCGAAGAUCACGUUCCGCCGAUUCCUGGUGUCUACAUAUUGCCGAAGGUCGACGAAGAGGCCGAAGAAAACACUGAAAUGUAA